AUGAAAGGGGGACAGAUUGACGUUUAUAACAAGGUACCAACAGUCUCCCCAAGUCGGCCAUAUCCUACUGUCAUCGGCUGCAAUCAAGACCACGACGCAGACACGUGCGAGGUGAGAGUACGACACGACAGCACGAUGCAUGACCUGACCUGCGUCAUGGAGCAGGUCAAACCUGCCGUGGAAUUGAAGUGGUUUUUGGGCGGGCUGACGGAACUCAAGGCCUCAACAGCAGUCAGAUCUGUAGUUCUACCGGCUAACACAGGUUCGUCGUUGCGAAACAACACCUAUUCAACUUCAGCAAUAAUCCAAGUUCCUUCGGAUUACAGUGACAUAGAAUAUGUGUGUGAGGCAAUGGGUGUUGCUGUAGGAAGCAGUUCUACACGCACGAGGGUGCGCCUUACCAAAACUGAACCCACAACGGCAACUUAUGAUGAAGUUCAGUCCUCCAGCAAUCCAGGUCUGUCUAAAGAAGAAACGAAGUGAAUACAUUCGUGCUGAAACCGACGCCAUUU